AUGGUGGGUGUAUAUUUACAACGCGGCAUUGUAGAUCCAGAAAUUUCUGCACAAGCUGGUUUAUAUUUAAGAUAUUUACUGUUUGGAGCUCCUGCAGUCUUGUUGUUUGAAAAUUUGAAGAGAUAUUUGCAAGCUCAAGUUGUGUAUCAACCAACAUCACUUGGUCUGAUUGGAGCACCUAUUUCCAUAGCUAUAACAUAUUGGUUAAUGUUUAUCUUUCUUGCCAUUUAUGCUAAAUUCAUUAACGGAUAUCAAGCAUGGGAAUGGUGGACAUUUGAAUUCAUAUCUCUUCUUUCCGGAUACCUUGGUGAAAUUUCACUUGCAUCCCAAGGUAUAAUAAUUACUACAGCUAAUCUUUUGUAUCAAAUACCAUAUGGAUUUUCUGUAUCAGCAUCAACUCGUAUUGGAAAUUUAUUGGGUGCUGGAUUGGUAGAAAGGGCUAAAACGUCUUCAAAAAUUUCUAUGCAACUCGCUGCUACUGUUGCUUUAUUGAAUGCAACUGUGCUGAUAGUUUUCAAGGAUUAUUGGGGGUUAAGCCGUCAAAAUAUUGGUGCAUUUCUCACCGUUCCUGGAUAUUUCAUUAUAGGAGUACCUAUUGGUAUACUUGUAGCUUUCAAUUUAGGAUUUGGAUUACAAGGUCUUUGGAUUGGAUCGAUGACAUCUUCAUUUACCAUUUGUAUUAUUCUUAAUAUUAUUAUAUGGAGAACUGAUUGGCAACGACAAUUAGAGAAAUGUAAAGAACGAAUGAAAGAAGACAGGGAUAAAUUUGAAGCUGAUGUUAAUUACGACAAAGACGAAACACAAUCAGAAAUAGCAAGAUUGUCAGUUCCAGUAAAUGAGGAGUCAAAUUAUUGUGUAAUGAAGUUUAUAGCUCUCCGCGAUAUUCUUAAAGAACUUACUAUUUCUUAUAUUCAAGACGAGAUACAAGACGAGGAUGUCUUAUUAUCACUUCAAUCGCGUCGACAGAAACUUUUAAGUGAAUAUUAUUUUUUGUGCCAAUGUUGUAAAUGUAUUACAAAGGAACAUG